CGAUAACCGACACUUCCUGCCAGCGGCAAUCUCCUUUUCUCCUAAAAAGGGACAUAUUGUGGAAAUUGGCCUGGCAGAAGGCGCAAAGUGGCGUGGCGCUCGGACAGAGCACAUCCUCGUCAGUUUGCAAGCAACGUGGAGGAGCACAAGCUUUCGGAGCCUUCUGGUUCACCGUUCAUCUGCCAAUCACAAGUGUCGAAAAUUCUAGCCUGUUUUGUUCAAUAACAUACAAUAUGCAAAGCUGGUAUAUUAACGGGACUUGGAGACUAUGAAUAGGCGGGACUGUACUAUACUAUCAGUGCUUCCCGCAUAUUGCAAGUCAGGAUGAUGUUGCUGCUCGUGAGUAUUGGUACGACAUAUAGUAAGAAGCGUCAACUUCAAAAACCCAUGCUGGCAGCUUUGGUCCAACACUAGAACUUGGGGAAUGUGACCGGGGUCUACUGGUUGCGGGCUGUGUACGCUAUUCCAAUAACCAGGCUACGAUGACAAGGUCACAUCUUCGCGGCUCCGCGCUUAGCACGCCGCCAGUCCAUCCAUGGUCAUAGGACAGACGACCGAGCAAAGCAUACGCAGUCCUGCGAACAACCUUGAUCGAAUACCAGGGCCGUACAUGGUCGGAAUUAACUGUGCUGACUGGCUCUCGAACAGGGCUCGUUUGCGCCACUUGACAGGCCAACAGCCCUCACUAGCCUUCAGAGGCAGGUAAUCAACAAAGCUCGCGGCUACUCACAGAACAGGGUUCUUGACCGUCAUUUGCAAUGUUAUUUGUUGUUCGUCUCGUCAGGUAGUGCCAAAUGCACACACGGUCCUAUAGCAUGCAGGCGUGGCCAACCCAUCGCGGCUGUUGCGGAUCAUCUGUGGUUACUAUUCAUAGCACCUGUGCGCUACUGGUGGCUGGAGUUAUUCCAAGUUAGGCAACAUCAAGAGGACUGGUUGGUCAGCGUGGCGGGGGGCGCAGUUCCAGCAAAGCCAUGCCGGCUUCCGUUGCUGUUGUGGUUAGUUGAAUGGCUAACAGGGGAAGCAGCAGCAAAUAGCAGCCAAAAUGGGGUUUUAGGACCAACCAUCGGCUACUGCACCCAACACAGUGUCCUAUUAAUAGGAUCCUGUGCUGCGGGUGACGGGCUUGCUGUCUGUGCGCAGGGCCCGCCUCCUACAAAUGUUGGCGAGCGUACUGCUUAGCCCUGUACUGCCUAUGGGCUAGAUGCAGAAUAUCACCCGUUUCAGACUAGGCGCUUGGUCCUCCUCCGCUGUCUUUUUAUGGGCGGCCAACAAGGCUGGGUUGAGAGAAUGCGGGACACAGCCAAGCAACAGCGCCAGGCCUGCACGGCGCUUCACCAAAUCGAGACAUGGCCGCGGUGGUGUGCUAGGCGCAGCCAGGAUGCUGCGGCCAAUGGAGGCGCUGGACAGGCGGGAUGAAGGCAAACACCGUUGCACAUCGCGCAGCCUGGCCCUGUGGCCCUUGCAUGCAAUCCCAAGCCGUGCCAACAUCUCGACGCAUGGACUCCCAAGCGGAUUUACGACGUUGUCGGGGUAGUCUCCGGGUACUAUUGCAACGAAUUAUGCGGGCCGGAGCAUCCCAAGAUACCUCCUCGGUUUGUGUAAGCUAAGCUUCUGCAAGCCUCGUUCACGAUCCCCCCAAGUCCGCAUCCCAGCCUUAGCUCCCAACUAACAGCCUGGCCCUGGCCUUUGCACCGGCCGAAUUCCCAUGGUUCGUGGCUAUGACUUCUUUUAAUAGAGAGCAGGCAAACGAGCAAAUGUGAAAUUGGGAUAUAUAAUGAGCUGGCUGCCACCUCCAUUCUCACGAAAUAUUCUCAUCAUCACCACCAACCUCAUCAAUCUACUACCAAACACUCACCUCUACACUCCUCACUUCUUCGCUUCUCUCUUCUACUCUACCCAAAACAAAACCAACAACUCCAUACACAUUCAAAAUGCAGAUGACUCAGGCUCUCGCUACCGCCAUCUUGGCUGCCACUUCUGUUUCUGCCUUCGAUGUCCCCCACUCAGGCACUCAGCACGUUGUCUCUGUUGGCGCAGACAAGCAGAAGGUCUAUUUUCCCAACCAUUUCAAUGCCGCCCCCGGCGAUGCUGUUUCUUUCUCUUUCCACGUUGGAAACCACAGUGUUACCCAGUCCAGCUUUGAGGAGCCUUGCAAGCCUUUGAAGGGGAAGGCCGGUGUCAACUCUGGCUUUGUUUUCCAAUCGAUCGAAAACGGUGUCCAAUUCUUCCUCGAAAUCAACAACACCAAGCCCAUCUGGUUCUACUGUGGCCAGGCUGAUCACUGCCGCUCUGGCAUGGUUGGUUCCAUCAACGCCCCCACCACUGGCAACACCUUUGAGAAGUUCCUUGCCAACGCCAAGGCUGUCAAGCAAGAAGACAUUGUUCAAGAUGGUGAGCUACGCGGUGGCCUUGCCACCAAGUUCCGCGCCGUUGACCCUUCCCCUGUCUUCACCCGUACCAUCGCACCCGCUGAGGAGACUGGUGCCCCUGCUGCCGCCGUCUCUUCUACUGUCAAGACCUACGCCCCUUCUAGCUACGUCAAGACAUGGACUUACACCACCAGUGAGAACAACCAGGUCAAGACUGUCACUGCCACUUCCUUGACCACCGCCCCUGCCAGCACUGUCACUGUCGCUGUUGGUGGUGGUGCUGAUUCCACCGGAAAGGGAUCUGAUUCUUCUUCCUCCAGCUCUAGCAAGGCUGCUGCCCCUGCUGUGACUGCUGCUCCCAUGCUCGCUGGUGCCGCUAUGCUUGCCGCCGCCGCUCUCCUGUAAGCGGGACGACACGGGUCUUGUACGAACCAUGUCGAGAUGAAGCGGGUGUUUGACACAUUAGCGAUUGAUUUCAGCGAUGAAUUUCUUGAGUAUUUUGCACUAUAGAUUGCGAUAUCAGAUUUGGAUUUUGGAUGGGAUGCCUGGCUAUAAAGGCAAACCAAUGUACACAUUUUCUACUUAGAACAUGAUUUAGAACAUAUACUGUACACAAAUAAAAUAUACAAAAAUUACAAAAAAGAAAGUAACACUGUUGUACAACUCUUUUGCUACUAAAAGUGAAUAAUUUCAAAGUGUAACAGAGAAAACACUCAUCAAUCUAAAUGUCCUGGUUACCACCAAAGUUACAUUGUACUACAGCGCUAUCGAU